ACACCAAGGGCUCGGAGCAAUCAGAGGCAAUCUGGGAGGACCUGACCUCAGUCCACCCGGAUCAAUAAGCGAGAGAGAGAGGUGCUCAUCGGCUGAACACUUUUCAUUGCGCGCGCUCUUUCACGUGGAUCAGCGGUGUCAGAGGGGACAGUGCGCUUGUGUUCAGGUGCUGGGACCUCAAUUGUAGCACCAUGGCUCUCCCGCAGCUCGGCUAUAAGUAUGUAAGAGCGCUGUAUCCAACUGAUCGGGCCGGAAUGCUGGCAAGCCGUGUGGGUGCCGAGCUCAGCCCGACCAGCAGCAUCUCCAACUCCCUGUCUAUGUACGGAUCUCCAUUCAGCGCAAGCCAGACAUACAGCGCCUUUCUUCCCUACUCCAGCGACGUCUCCGUUCUCAACCACCUGGCCAGUCCAUACGAGCUGAAAGAGAGUCCCGGGAUGCAGCACCCAGGGUUUCCCACUACACACCCAGCUUUCUUCCCGUAUAGCCAAUAUCAGUAUGGAGACGCGUCCCGACCCAAAAACGCCACCCGCGAGAGCACAAGUACUCUGAAGGCCUGGCUGAGCGAGCACAGGAAGAACCCAUAUCCCACCAAGGGCGAGAAGAUCAUGCUCGCCAUCAUCACCAAAAUGACCCUCACCCAAGUGUCCACCUGGUUCGCCAACGCGCGCAGGAGACUGAAGAAGGAGAACAAAAUGACCUGGGUACCAAAGACACAACCAGAUGAAGAGGGAAACGUUUACCAAAGCGACAACGAGGGUGAGGAGGAGGACAAGCGGGACGAGGACGACGAUGAGGAGAUAGAUCUGGAGAACAUCGACACGGAAAACAUCGAAAACAAGCAGGACUCGGACUGUCGGAACGAGCUCAGGUCGGAUUCAAAAAUGACGGAAACGGACAGGAGUGACUCAGACGCGUCCGAGGGGUUUGAGGAGAAAAGUUUUGUAAAAAGCAGCGGGAUGAAAGACAUAGACAGCUGCGCGGAGAGACAGAGGGACGAGGACAGGAAAAGCCCCACAGCAGAGCCUUUGAGGAAUCUAAACCCACCACAAAAGCCCAAAAUUUGGUCUUUGGCUGAAACAGCAACGACGCCAGAUCAUCCAAAAAGGUCUGCCGUAAUGAGCAGGACUGCUGUGCAGAGCUCUGCGGGAAACGUGCACAACUGGACAAAAAUGGCCUUUUCUGCUCAGCAGCUCGCAUUAACACACCAUUACUUUGGACUUAAACAGGCGAGCAACAACAUUCUGAUUAACAAGCACGCAGACGCCAGGACUCACACCUUAUAAGCCCCUACGUGAUAGACUAUAAUGGACAGUGAAAUAAAUAUUUUUCGUCGUGGUUUUUUUUUUUUUUUAUAUUUUACAUUCUUCGCAUGGAUAAAUGCAAUACUUCAUUUUCGCGUCAUAAAAACAGUAAUUUUGUUGGAGAAAAUAAGAGAAAGUGUCUAUUGAUUUUUUACCUAAAUGAGGCUUUGAAUUUGUAACAUAGCUACGGAUGUUGCCUAGCACUUCCCUUAAUAUGAGAGUAUAAUAGAGUAAAUGUUUAUAUUGCUAACUUA